GGCGCCGCCAUGGGCAACCUGUUCAGCCGCAAGAAGCAGAGCCGGGUCACCGAGCAGGACAAGGCCAUCCUGCAACUGAAGCAGCAACGUGACAAGCUGCGACAGUACCAGAAGAGGGUCAUCCAGCAGCUGGAGCGGGAGCGGGCGGUGGCCAGACAGCUCCUGCGGGACGGCAAGAAGGAGCGGGCCAGGCUGCUGCUCAAGAAGAAGCGCUACCGGGAGCAGCUCCUGGACAAGAUGGAGAACCAGAUUAGCAGCCUGGAGACCAUGGUACACAGCCUCGAGUUCACCCAGAUCGAGAUGAAGGUGAUGGAGGGGCUGCAGUUCGGGAACGAGUGUCUGCGCAAAAUGCACCAGGUGAUGUCAGUAGAGGAGGUGGAGAGGAUUCUGGACGAGACGCAGGAGGCGGUGGAGUACCAACGGCAAAUAGACGAGAUGCUGGCCGGCAGUCUCACUCAGGAGGACGAAGACGCCAUCUUGGCAGAGCUGGACGCCAUCACUCAGGAAGAGAUCGAGCUGCCAGAUGUCCCAGCAGAGCCCCUUCCUGACCAGCACCCAGAAAAAGUCCCCGUCAAGGCUAAGCCCAGGCAAGCGGAACUCGUGGCAGCAUCGUAACCCAGCCU